AUGUUACACGUGCUACAAUGCAGUCAUCUACGGCGGAUUGGCUCUGAGGACCGGGGCGUGUCGGGUUUGGACGGGAAGCGGAUGCGGCCGGUGCCGGGCCUGGUCGAUGCUCGUGCGUCUCUCGGGGCGUGCGGGCUGAAUCCGGACCCGCGUUCCGGCCUUCCGCGGAUCUUCCUAGCCGUAAGGUCGCGCCUUUUUCGUUUCGUGCGCGAUCGGCGCGCGCCUGUACGACCGCCGUUCAACGGUCAGCUCAGAACUGGCACGGACAAGGGGAAUCCGACUGUC